AUGGAGAGUAAACAGGGAAACAUAUUGCCUCUUAAAAAGCAACAAAAACAUGAUGAUAAUGGAAGAAUAGGACCCAAACUAAUCGUUAAACAAACUGGUACAACCUACCGUGCAUCAUUCCAAACUGACGACGAAGAGUUCAACAAUGACAUAUUUGGCACUAGAAGACUUUAUUAUGAUCUAGCUGACGUAAGGUUAGCGUUAACCCUGGACGAAUUGCAAUGUGGACCUGAAUUUAAUCAAAAAAACUUCUUAUAUAAACAGGUGGCGACUUGUAAAACUACCCAGUGUAGACGGGGGAUAAACAAGCCUUCUGAAAGGCAAGGUGGUAAUAAAAUAAUGGCGCUUAUAGUAAUCCUUGAAGAAAGAGCUCCAGAAGAAAAGCUGGAAGACAUCUUUGGGAGACUUGCUGGAAUCCUCAGUAAGAGGAAGAACCUCUUGAAGAGGAGGAAGUGGAAAACGAGCUCGAAUUCUCUCGCGACAAAGUAAUAAGGAUUAGGAAUAUAAUAAAACGUCGGAGAACCGCUGCUUCUAGAAGGUCUGAAGGCCCCCAAAACC